CAGAUAAACAUCAGCCCUGCUUGUGUAAAUAUUAGUGUGAGAGACGUUUGCCCCCCUGGUCUGUGCAGUGCUGAGAUGAGAGAAUAAAUCACUCCAGACCUGUGGGAUAUAAGGAUUUCUUAGCUUUCUUCUCCUAUAGCAAAGCAAAGGGUUAAAUAGACCACAUAGAUAAUCUGAGUAUCAUGGCUGGAGAUCUGAAGGGGAGAUGGGAGCUGCUCGUGGGUAUCAUGCUGACACUGUAUACCCCCUAUGCAGCAGCGUCCCAGAUAGCAGACGUUUGUUCUAACUUCCACACAGCGGGUAUCUUCCGUGGCGGCAGCCUACACGUGCAGUUCCUACUUUAUACAUCACACAGCCGAGACUGUGGCCAAGUCAUCCAGGUCAAUGGACACAACACCCUGGAGACCUCCCACUUCAAUGCCUCCCUGGGCACCAAGAUUAUUAUCCAUGGCUUCAGAGUCUUGGGCACUAAGCCGUCCUGGAUUGACACUUUGAUUGAUGCUCUGCUUGAUGUUGAAGAUGUAAACGUGUUAGCAGUUGAUUGGGUACAUGGCUCCACCGCAAAAUAUCAAAACGCAGUGGAAAACGUACCGAAGUUAAGCCUGGAAGUGGCUGUACUCAUAAACAGCCUGCUGGAUGCAGGCGCCACUGAGAAGUCUGUACACCUCAUUGGGGCCAGCCUCGGCGCACAUGUGGCUGGGCAUGUCGGACAGCUUUUUGGUGGCCGUCUUGGAAGGAUCACAGGGCUGGAUCCUGCAGGAUUCAGGUUUACAGAAGCUAGCCCAGAGGAACGGCUGGACCCAGGAGAUGCAGUGUUUGUGGAGGUCAUACACACCGAUACAGACACAUUUGGGAUCCGAAUCCCUGUGGGACAUGUGGAUUUCUACAUCAAUGGAGGGAUUGAUCAGCCUGGCUGUCCAUAUAACUUGUAUAAAUACAUGAUCUGUGAUCACAUGAGAUCUGUUAGCAUAUACAUCAAUGCUGUCCUGGGCCUCUGCUCGUACAUAGGAUAUCCCUGCCCCAGCUAUGACAAGUUCCACACCGGCGAGUGUGUGACCUGCACCAACUCUCUGCUGCCGUCCUGUCCACUGAUAGGGCAGGAACAAAUAGCAUUAACCUCUGGGAACAACACCUUGCUAAGUGAAGCUCGGCUUUUUAUGAUGACUACUCCAAGGAAUCCAUAUUGUGCUCAUCAUGUCCUACUAGAGUUUACUUUGACUGAAUCCAAGAACAUCAGCACUAAUAUUAAUAUACAGCUGAGGAGCGACACGUACAGCACCAGGACAAGUAUCAACAUCCCCAGGUACAAAGACCAAGGAAAAACUGUGGUGGCCCUUGAGGGUCCUCUGUGUCAAGUGCACACUGUUGUUAUUUGGGUUCCCACUACCUUUAGCAGUUUGUGGAGGAAGAAACCUGACGUCAGCGGCAGACUGUGUGUGUCUGAGUUGCCCAUGAGUGACAGAAAUGAAAUGGUUUGUUUGCCCAAAACUCUGACACUGAAAGGGAACAGUCGGAAAAUGGAAGAACUUGCAACUAAAUGCAAGUAAAGUUUGUCCCAACUACUGCAACCUGAUGAUCGCUCCAUAUCUUGUAAUCUGAUGAUUGCCUCCUAAUAAUCACCCCAUCUACUUCAAACUGAUGGUCAACCCAUCUACUGCAGCCUAACGAUGACCCCAUUUACUGCAACCUAAUGAUCACCUCAUCUACUGCAACAUAAUAAUCACCCCAUCUACUGCAACCUGAUGAUCACCCCAUCUACUGCAACCUGAUGAUCCCCCCCAUCUACUGCAAAAUAAUAAUCACCCCAUCUACUGCAACCUGAUGAUCACCCCAUCUACUGCAACCUGAUGAUCCCCCCAUCUACUGCAACCUAAUGAUCAGUAUAUAGGACCACACAACGUGCUGAUGUGUAUCCAAUGAAGGAGGUGCGCCUACUUAAUGUGACUCUCUCUAACAACAACAGGGGUAUAUAGUUAAUACUGGAAAUAAUAAUAAAAAAUAUGAAAUUG